AUGAGAAUAGCUACAUCGACGCUGCUAGUCGGCGCCGCAUCGGCAGCCUUCGCGCCCCAGGAUGGCGCCCAGCAUGUGCUGAAUGGCUUCGACUCCGUAAGGUCGGCCGCCGACUCUCUCCAGAAGCCACUCCAGACAUUUGAGGAGGCCGUCGCCAGCAUGACUUCCGAGGCCAAGGCAAACUGGGAGCACCUCAAGCUGCUCGUUCCUGACGCCGAGGAGCAGGCCAAGACCUUCUUCCCCAAGAAGCCCAAGCCUGCUAGCCGCAAGCCUGACAGUGCCUGGGAUCACAUCGUCAAGGGCGCCGACAUCCAGGCCAUGUGGGUCGAGGGCGCCACCACUGAAGAGAAGCACCGCAAGAUUGACGGCAAGCUUGACAACUACAACCUCCGUGCCCGGUCUGUUGACCCGUCCAAGCUGGGCGUCGACACGGUGAAGCAGUAUAGCGGUUACCUCGAUGACGAGGCCAACGACAAGCACCUCUUCUACUGGUUUUUCGAGUCGAGGAAUGACCCCAAGAACGAUCCCGUCGUGCUUUGGCUCAACGGUGGCCCGGGCUGUUCAUCGCUUACUGGGCUGCUAUUUGAGCUUGGCCCUGGUGCAAUCAACGACAAGAUCGAGAUCGUCCACAACCCAUACGCAUGGAACAACAACGCUUCAGUCAUCUUCCUUGACCAGCCCGUCAACGUCGGUUACUCGUACUCUGGUGGCUCGGUUAGCAACACCGUGGCCGCCGGAAAGGACAUCUAUGCCCUCCUGACUCUCUUUUUCCACCAGUUCCCCGAGUAUGCGAAGCAGGACUUCCACAUCGCCGGCGAGUCGUACGCUGGUCACUACAUUCCCGUCUUCGCUUCGGAAAUUCUGUCGCACAAGAAGCGCAACAUCAAUCUCAAAUCAGUCCUUAUUGGCAACGGCUUGACGGACGGCCUUACCCAGUACGAGUACUAUCGUCCCAUGGCCUGUGGCGAGGGUGGCUGGAAGGCAGUUCUCAGCGAGUCUGACUGCCAGGCAAUGGACAACGCCCUGCCCCGAUGCCAGUCCAUGAUCCAGAACUGCUACGACAGCGGCAGCGUCUGGUCGUGCGUUCCCGCAUCCAUCUACUGCAACAACGCCAUGAUCGCCCCCUACCAGCGCACCGGCCGCAACGUCUACGACAUCCGCGGCCCCUGCAAGGACAGCUCAAACCUGUGCUACCCUGAGCUUGGCUACAUCUCUGAAUACCUCAACCGCCGCGAGGUAAUGGAGGCUCUCGGCGCCGAGGUCAGCUCGUACGAUUCGUGCAACUUUGACAUCAACCGCAACUUCCUUUUCCAGGGCGACUGGAUGCAGCCAUACCACCGUCUCGUGCCCGAGAUCCUCAACCAGAUCCCUGUCCUCAUCUACGCUGGCGAUGCCGAUUACAUUUGCAACUGGCUCGGCAACCAGGGCUGGACCGAGGCUCUCGAGUGGAAGGGCAAGAAGGACUACAACCGCGCCGAGUAUAGCCCUCUCACCCUGGCCUCAGCCCAUGACGUUAAGCCAUACGGCAAGGUCAAGUCGAGUGGCAACUUCACCUUCAUGAAGAUCUUUGAGGCUGGCCACAUGGUUCCGUACGACCAGGCCGAGCCAUCCGUUGACUUUGUCAACAGGUGGUUGGCUGGUGAGUGGUUUGCUGCUUGA